GAAAGGUAGUUGUUAUUGCUUCCUCCUAAAACGCUGUGCGUUGGUGACGUCACUACGUAAGAACUACAGCUCCCGGCAGUCAUUGCGGUUUAGCGGUGGAAUCUCAGGGAUCUGUAGAGGAAAGAGGCCCAGAAAGCGAUAAGAAGAGGCACGUAGAUCAUGGGGGCCGUCUGGGGUCGGAGGAUCGCAGGUGUAGAGGACAUCGACAUCCAGGCAAAUUCCGCCUACCGCUACCCCCCGAAAUCUGGAAACUAUUUUGCCAGUCAUUUCUUUAUGGGAGGAGAGAAGUUUGAGACCCCGCACCCCGAGGGUUAUCUGUUCGGGGAGAAUAGUGACCUCAACUUCCUGGGAAACCGCCCUGUUCAGUUCCCGUAUCUGACCCCAGCCCCCCAUGAGCCGGUGAAGACCCUGCGCAGCCUGGUGAACAUUCGUAAGGAUUCGCUGCGUCUCAUCAGGUACAAGGAGGGAGCGGACAGUCCCAUGGAGGAUGGCGGGAAGCCCCGGGUCUUGUACGGUCUGGAGUUCACGUUUGACGCAGACGCCCGCGUGGCGAUUACGGUUUACUGCCAGGCUAGCGAGGAGUUUGUUGGGGGGAUGGCGGUGUACAGUCCCCGCAGUCCUGCCCUGCAGUCUCAGACCGUCUACUAUAAGCGAGGACUGAGCCAGCACUUCUCUCUGCCAGCUUUUAAAGUGGACUUAAAUGACUGGAAGGAUGAAGAGCUGAACUUUGACCUUGAUAAAAGUGUGAUUCCUCUGGUGAUCCAGGCUGUCGUGGCUGAGGGUGGAGAGGGAUCAGGACAUGCUCAUGUUGUCUUGGCUGCAUUUGAAAAGCACGUCGAUGGCAGCUUCUCAGUGAAACCUCUGAAACAGAAGCAAAUAGUGGAUCGUGUCAGUUAUUUGCUGCAGGAAAUAUACGGCAUUGAAAACAAGAACAAUCAGGAAACGAAGCCCUCAGAAGACGAGAACAGUGACAACAGCAACGAGUGUGUCGUGUGCCUCUCUGACCUGAGGGACACGCUGAUCCUGCCCUGCCGACACCUCUGCCUGUGCAACUCGUGUGCCGACACCCUGCGCUACCAGGCCAACAACUGUCCCAUCUGCCGACUACCUUUUCGCGCCUUGCUCCAGAUCCGCGCAGUGCGCCGGAAGCCGGGACCCCUCCCCCCCAUCUCAUUCAGCCCUGUGCUGGCCCAGACUCUGGACCACGAUGACAACUCUGGUGCAGAUAACAUCCCUCCCGGGUUUGAGCCUAUCUCUCUGCUGGAGGCGCUGAACGGGCUAAGGUCUCCCCCCGCCGUUGCCCCCCUGUAUGAGGAGAUUCCUUACAGUGAGGGUCUACCUGCCCGGGGACCUCCAGACAACUCCCACCUCAAAAACAAGCACGUAAAGACUCCGGACAGUGGUCUGCGUUCUCCCUCCUCUCCCAUCCAUGAAGAAGAUGAGGAAGUGACAGGACCCUGUGACAGCGAGAGGCCGGCGUUACUGGGGUCGCUUAGCAGAGACUCUUCACAGAUAGAGAAUAUCUCCUCUGCUGACAGUCCUGAGAUCGUCUCUGCACAUCGAGGAUCUCGAUCACAGUCUCAGAUAGAUGAGCCUCUCGAAAGUCCGGAGACUCAAGAGCUGAAAGAGGAUGAAGGCCAAGAUGUGUCACCGCUGGGUCCUGAUUCCUGUUCUAUCGGGAUUGAUGAGUGACGGAUUUCACUUCCAACCUAAUCAUCGAACAAAUUCCUUCUCCCUGCCCCUUCAUAGGUUCUCAGCACUGGGGUAAUCCGGGUUGGGGCUCAAUCUCCUCUCCAAUCAUCUACAUUCCAGAGGGGCCGGUAGCGAGGCCCUCCUCCGUUUGUAUCUCACUCUGUGGACCGUCUGACCGGCAUUCUACACUGCGAUGUGCCAGGCUGUAUAUAAAUGUCAGGUUUAGUGCCCGCUUGAUGUGCCAUGUGACAGUAUAUUGUAGACGUGCCGGCCUUGUGUGUGUGCAGCCGUGAGCAUGGCAUGUAAUGUGCCAGCCUGCAUGUUUGCAUUGCAGUGUACACAUAUUGGUAGCACUUGCCGCCAUGGCUGCCGCUGUGCCACUCUGAAUGUCUCCCUGUAGGGAUCAGCCCCGACUCCACAUAGCUAACGGUACAUCCCAGGCCCUGCAAUGCACAAUAGAAAGUAGCCUCAAGGUCUGGGGCGCCAUGUUCCUACUGCGUCCUUGGCGCGAUUGGUUUCAGGACAUUAAAUGGCUGCCUCUGAGUUCUUGAGUCGUCUUCUUCUGUGAGGUUGUUUUAAGUCUUAUUCCGCCAUGUCGUGUGCAAAUCAUUGACUACGUAGUUUAUACAGAGAUGUAUGGCUGCUUAUAGGUAGGCGGUGUAAGUAAAAAGCUGAGCGACGACCCCUGUGGUGUCCACAAUGGUGGCCAUACUGGUUGUCUCCCAGAAAGCAGGUUUAAUGGUAAAUGUUGAGCUACUUAAUGGAAGACGACUCAAGGAUUCAUGCUUCUUGGAGGAAUUUUUAAACAAAACCCGUUGGAUAAUGUGUGCACCUUAGAGGAGGCCUCGAAAACAAAAUGGCGGUGUUCAAUGUAUAUAAUACCGCCACUCACUGUUAUCUCAACCACAUCGACCAUUGCAAAUAACCUGAAACGCGUUCAGUAAAGCUGCCGAAAAGGCCCGAGCCUUAAAGAGGACACUAACAGAAGCGGCCAUUAACCCUUUAGGCUGCUUGGUUGAAUGUCUGUCCACGGUGGGAUUAACCCCGUGUACUGACCACAGGACGGUUAAAACGGCAACUCCGGAAGAUGACUGUUUGUAAAAAUGAUUUUUGUUCAUUUUAACGAGAAUAUGUUAAAAUAAAAGAUGAAAUUCUUGACAAAG